UCUCAUACUCAUUCCACACAACAACAACAACAGCUUAAUUAAUUCCUUACUUAAGCUAAUUAAUACCACUUUAAUUUACUAAUUAAGCUCACUUUUUUACCGUAAUGUCGAUGAGUGAGAAACACGUGGCUGCGUUACAGUUCUUAGAGGAGGUAACGAGUCACUGCGAUGAGGUGCAAAAGAAGGUUUUGUCUCAGAUAUUGAGUCGAAACGCAGAAACGGAGUACUUGAAACGACAUGGAAUGAAUGGGUGUGUUGACGUUGAGAUAUUUAAGAAGAGGAUACCAAUGGUGACGUAUGAGGAUAUUCAGCCUGAUAUUCAACGUAUUGCUAAUGGGGAUUUCUCCCCUAUUCUUUGUUCUCAACCCAUUACUGAAUUUCUCACUAGCUCGGGAACUUCGGCUGGAGAGAGAAAACUGAUGCCAACAACAGACGAGGAGAUGGACAGGAGGCAGCUGCUAUACAGCCUCCUCAUGCCUGUUCUCAACCAAUACAUGCCAGGGUUAGACAAAGGAAAAGGCCUAUACUUCCUCUUCAUCAAGGCAGAAACAAAAACCCCAGGAGGUCUAGUGGCUAGACCCGUUCUAACAAGCUACUACAAGAGCAAACACUUCAAGAACCGACCCUAUGACCCGUACAACGUCUACACAAGCCCAAACGAGGCGGUCCUUUGCCCCGACUCAUUCCAAUCCAUGUACACUCAGAUGUUAUGCGGGUUGUACGAACGCCACGAGGUCCUCCGUGUAGGGGCCGUCUUUGCAUCGGGCCUCCUCCGGGCCAUCCGCUUUCUUCAAGUCCACUACUCCGACCUCUGCCGCGAUAUCGCCACUGGUUCACUAACCUCAAAGAUCACCAACUCGGGCCUACGGGCCUGCAUGGGUAAGAUCAUGAGGCCCGACCCGGGCCUCGCGGUGUUCGUUAACAAUGCAUGUGAAGGGGAGGAUUGGGAGGGGAUUAUUAAGAGGAUUUGGCCUAAUGCUAAGUACUUAGAGGUGAUUGUGACGGGUGCUAUGGCACAGUAUAUACCUACAUUGGACUAUUAUAGUGGUGGGUUGCCAAAGUUGUGUACUAUGUACGCUUCUUCGGAGUGUUUCUUCGGGCUUAACUUGAACCCGAUGUGUUCCCCCUCGGAGGUUUCCUACACCAUAUUGCCUAACAUGGCGUAUUUCGAGUUCAUCCCGCUCGACGACGGCUCGGCGCCUCGGCUCGUGGACUUGGCUGAUGUCAAGGUUGGAAAGGAGUAUGAGCUUGUAGUCACCACACAAUCAGGAUUAUACAGGUACCGAGUCGGGGACGUGUUAUACGUGACAGGGUUCUACAACUCAACCCCGCAAUUCAAGUUCAUUAGGAGGAAGAACGUCCUACUCAGUAUCGACUCCGACAAGACGGACGAGUCGGAGUUGCAAAACGCCAUUGAGAACGCAUCUGCGUUGCUCAAACCUUUCAACACAAGUGUUGUUGAGUACACAAGCUAUGCAGACACCAAGUCUAUUCCAGGGCAUUAUGUCAUCUACUGGGAGCUUUUUACUAAAGAUUCGACUAAUGGGCCGGACCAUGAAGUAUUGGGCCAGUGCUCUCUAGCCAUUGAAGAGGCCCUUAACUCAGUAUACCGACAAUGUCGGGUCGCAGACCGGUCAAUUGGGCCGCUUGAGAUCCGAGUGGUGAAGAAUGGAACAUUUGAGGAGUUGAUGGACUAUGCAAUAUCUAGAGGAGCAUCAAUUAACCAGUAUAAAGUACCUAGGUGUGUGAAUGUGAAGCCCAUUGUGGAGUUACUGGACUCUAGAGUAGUUUCGGCCCAUUAUAGCCCUUCUUUGCCACAUUGGAGCCCACAACGAGGCCCCAUUUAAGCCCAUUGAAAUGUGACAGUUAGUACUGGGCUGUAAGCCUGUAGCAUCAUGUAGUAUCUGAUGGACAAUUAAACAUUAGUGUUUGAUGGUUCACGGGUGAAGUAGAAAACUGAAAUAAAGUUUGUAUCUGUUUAAAGUUUCUUCGUAUCUGCUCAAUAAAAUUAUUUAGUUUAA